GGUCUCGAGUUGCUGCUUGGAAAAGACUAAAAAGGGUUAAGGGGAUUUCCUCUGAAAGCCCCCCCUCCGUCUCUCGCUCUCCCCCUCUCUUUCUCUCACUCCCUUCCUCUCCCCCUGUCUCACCCUUCAAUAUGCACUUGCAGACAUGCUCUACUGCUGCUCAUUGGCUGAAUAACAUGGUGUGUAGUAAGAGUGGCGAUACAAGUGGUGACCACGCAGUGCUGGUCUGCUCUAAACACAACGGAGUGCUGUAAUACCAUGGGGGCUCGCCUGGGGAGGGUGUGACACCUCCCUGCUCUACCCUGGAGUUUUCAUUAUAGUUAAAUAUGUCUUUGGUCUUGCACAAGAUGGACACUGGACUAAUAAAUCCCCAAGGAACAUAACUAAGACAGAGAAGGAUGACCACUUUGGACAAGACGGCAGCAACAAUUUAGCAAAAUGAAUCCUGAAUCUCUGGAGUCAUCUAUCCAAGGGGCCCUCUCGGCUCUCUACCCACCCUUUGAGGCGACAGCACCCACAGUCCUCAGCCAGCUCUUCCGGGUCAUUGAAGAACGUUACCGCGGUGACUCUCUUCAGUGCCUGCUGGACUUCCUAAUCCCCGCAAAGCACAUCCUGGAGAGUGUGCAGCAGGCUGCUUGUGCGGUGUACUCCGAUGUGCUGUUUCGCUGUGAAGGCUGGCCCCUGUGUCUCCGGGAGAAGGUGGUGAUCCAGCUGGCAGAUCCAAACCCCUUGCUGCUGCGACCGGGUGACUUCUACCUGCAGGUGGAACCUUUUGCUGACCAGGCUGCUCGCAUUGUCCUCAAGAGCCUUCUGGAGGACCACCGGCAGGUUGAAGAGACUCCCAUCCCGGAGACCUCCUACCCCUGCAUCUUCACUGAGGAGUGGCUUAGAGACAUUAAUGACGGUCGUCAUGGCACCCCACUGCGCCACUGCCUCCUGUCCACUGACCAAGGCAUUGUGAAAGUACCUUGGGAGCAGGUGGCCAACCCAGAGUUUAUAGACAAGCCCAAAGCCAUGGCUGCCAUUCCUCUCUCUCCAGAUGGCCACCCGGAGUCGCCAGGUGGCUCCUCAGCUUUCUCUUUAGAGACCAGGAUCCUGCCAGCUAAGGAUGACAUUGCUAUUUCUCUAUGCCACAUGGAUGAUGGCAGCCCCCAGCUCAUGAAAGUGGACCAAGUUCGGUCGAAUGGGAAGCCUGUUGGCUGGGUGUCCCCCAACACCUGGGACAACCACAGCAACCGUGAACUGGAGGGAGAUUACGUGGAUCUAGUGGAGUUCACUAAAGAAAAGAACGCUCAAGUUCUCAAAAGAGACCAGGUGACACCAGAGCUCCUUGCACUGCAACCUGUACGCCGAGCCCCUCCUAUCCCAUUUUGUGAUCCUAUAUACCCAGCUCCACCCACCCACCCUCGUGACCCGUCAACUCUACCCAACCCAUGCUUGGAUGCCAUGGUCUGCACCCACACCCGCAAGUUUAUGGAUGAACCUCGUAUGCCAUGCAUAAGAAGAGUACUGGCUGAGGCUGAAGUGAAAGAGCUUCGUGGUCGGUAUCGGGAGUCCUACCUGGAAGCUCAACAGAACCCAGUCAAUUUUGAGGGCAGUACUCUGGAAGCUCUUGAAGAGUGUGUAACUACCAUGGGUGUAGGAGAGGCAGAGGGAAAAGACGUGGCUCUAGGCAUCAAGAAGAUAGGAGCAGACUCAGAACAGGCCUUGCCUUGCUGUCAUACCAACCACCACUGCCCACCUACUGCCCAGAGUGAAGAUGAAUUCCAGUAUCAGCAGACCAUACAGGACUUACAAAACAGUAGUAGCCAUCCAGGUAAAGUCCUCUCCCUCUCCUCUUCAUUUUUGUCGGAAACACCCAAAAAAUGCCUUGAAGUACCACGGAAAGUCAGCAGGAGCAUCAGUGACAUUCGCCCUGAUAUGAUUCCAAAUAUGCAUAGACGACAAUUUAAAAAGAUAAACGCUUUUGGACUCGUGUCCCCAAAAACAGACAAACGAAGAAGCAUCAAACAAGGUCCUCCCUUAUCUGAAGAUGCUGUCCAGGCUGGUGUAGCUGAAACAGCAUCCUUACAUGCUGUGAAUGAACACCAAAAGAAGGUCCAGGCUCCUCAGGUUGACAGGACCCAAGAAGUGCUUGCUGAUGUCCCAUAUCUGCUAGCCAGGCCAUCUCCAGCAGACACUAGCAAUUACCUCCUCCAUUUGGGAAUUGCAUGCCUUCCAGGCAGCCGAGACCGGACUGGUAGAGCAGUUGUGGAGGUUUAUGGGGAUCACCAGGGCUGGAAGUCCCAGUCUGCCUCCAGUCAGGAGCUGUGCAAGUUGCUACUCCACUUCUACUUCAUCCCAAGGAAAGAAGUUGCAGACCUGGGAAUGACCCUUGUAGUCGAUGCAAGAAAGGCCCUCCCACCCCCAGGAUUCUAUAAGGCCUUGCUAAUGGUACAAGAGCAAGCCCUCAAUGCUGUGCAUUGUAUUGUCAUGAUGGUGGACAAAGACACAAACCCUCGUCCUGAAAAGCACCCUGGACUGCAGAUGGAAGUUGCAACAUCACUGAAAGCACUACACAAGGUUGUGGAUGGACACCAGCUAACAGUCAGCUUGGAAGGCACUUUCCCUUACAGCCAUUCUGAUUGGCUGAAGCUGAACCAGAAACUGGAUCCCUUUGUGUCUGACCUUCAAGAGGCUUCCAAAUUGCUUCAGAGAGCUAUUGGGAAAUUUGAGGGCAACAAAAAGAUCGACACAUUGCAGGAUGUGGAGCAGUGUAUCCAUGAAGAGAAAACACUGAUGAAGGAAGUGCUUGAGGACACAAGGCUGGUCACAUUACAAAGGGAAGGUGGGGCCAUCUUAGCAAGAUUGAGGAGGGAGGAGUCUCGAUUUCCACAUUCCGAAGACUACCGUGACACCAUGGAGCUGGUAACCAGCCUGUACAACCAUGUGGAGGAGCAGGUGCACACACUAGUGAUGAAGUCCAACUACUCUCUACAACACCUUGACUUUCUGCUCAAACUCAGGGAGCUAGAAAGUAGAUUUACCAAGAUCAGGGAGUGGUUCAGUGCUGAGGGUGAACAGCAACUAUUGAAGGCAGAGACUGUGGAGGAUUCUCUGGAGCAAGUGGAGCAGACAAUGCAGAACUUUGAUUCCUUCCUGGCUCAGGCCGCUGAGCGACAACACCAGGCCGCAACUCUAGUGACAGAGGUUGAGACAAUCCUGGAGUCUUCCUAUACUGAAACAGAGAUUUUCCAGACAAUGCUUUAUACUUUCAAGUCUAGUCUUGCCGAUUUCAAAUCACGGGCAGAACUAUGUCAUACCGAACUGAAGACUUUGGUAGGUUUGUUUCACUUUUGUGAAAAGGCCAUUGAAGUUUCAAAAGACUGUGCGGAAUAUCUUGAGCAGAUAAAGCCCAGCUGUUGCCUAGCUAAGAACAGUCUUGGAACACUGAAAAAGUACCAGGAAAGGUUUGAUGAAUUUUCAGUGGAGCGCUUCCAGGAUGUUAAAACUCAAGCCUGUGCUCUGAAAGGCUCCCGGGGAAUGAAAGUGUGGAAUGUUGCCUGGCUCAGAUGUCAAGAGGUUCGCAAGCAGCUGGAAGAGAGACUGCAGGAUCCUGUUAAAGUCCAACGGCCAGUGGAUAUAAGUAGAGGGGAUGGGGUAAACGAGGAAUCUGCUUUGUCAGUACCAUUGGCCAAUUUAAACCCAUCCCUCACCAAACCACUUGGAGUGCCAACAUAUAUAGACUACGGGGCUAAUGCAGUCUUAAGCUGCAAUGCAACCCUCAAGCUGGAUAAUGAGGCACGCACAGAACCAAAAACAAGAGCCGCUAACAAAAACGCGACAGGGGAAUGUAUAAUUACAAAAGAGGAAAGAAACCAUACAAAAAGUUUGAAAGAGUGCUCUGCAAAAUGUGCAGUUGAGAUGAAUGUGCCAUCCAUAGACUCCUUGAGUUGCCAAUGGUUCGCAUGGCAUAGAAACCUAGGCAGAUCUCUGAGUGAGGGUUCCACUGCCAGGUCAAUCUCUCAUGGGUUAGAAGCCCCAGACACCUAUCCGGGUCAUGGCCAGCCAUCGCAUCACAUACUACAGGCUGCACAGAGCUUCCAAAUCUCUCGGCAUGGCAGCUUCUGCUCUGAGGACUCAAGCUGCCAGUCAGCCACCGCCAGUCUGCAGACUGAGAUCCCAUGUUCAUUCACAACUCAGGCCACCCAAGCAUGUGAUGGAGAAAAGGACAAAGCCAGCAGAGUUCUGAGGUUCCGGCGGAUAAUAGAGGAGCUACUACUGACAGAGAGGGAAUAUGUGCGCUCACUGAGCUAUGUUAUGACCCAUUACUACCCCCUGCUGGAGAGGCCAGAUGUGCCUCAGGACCUUCGAGGCCAACGCGGACGCAUCUUCAGCAAUCUGGAGAAGCUGCAUGACUUCCACUGCCACUUUUUUCUCAAGGAACUGGAAAGCUGCCUCCAGGAGCCCCUUCGAGUGGGGCGUUGUUUUCUGAGACAUAGAGAGAGUUUCAGCCUGUAUGCACUCUACAGCAAGAAUAAACCUCAAUCUGAUGCCCUGCUCAUUCACCAUGCCCAUGGCUUCUUUCAGCAGAAACAGCAGGAGCUUGGAGACAAGAUGGAUCUGUCAUCUUACCUGCUGAAGCCAGUACAGCGGAUCAGCAAGUACAAUCUGCUGCUGCAGGACCUGCUGAGGGAGUGUGAUGCACUGCCAUGCAGUGAGAGAGCUGAAAUUCAAGCAGCUCUAGAAGUUGUCUGCUUCCAGUUGCGCCAUGGGAAUGACCUUCUCACUAUGGAAGAUAUCCAAGGCUGUGAUGUAAAUUUGAAGGAACAAGGGCCUCUGAUCCGUCAGAAUGAAUUCUUGGUGUCCUUCAAGAAAAAGAAACACUUUCGCCAUGUGUUCCUCUUCCAAGAACUCAUCCUUUUCAGCAAGACUAAGAGGACAACUAUAGGAAAUGACAUUUAUGUUUAUAAACAAUCUUUCAAGACUUCUGAUAUUGGGAUGACACACAACUCCGGCAACAGUGGACUGUGCUUUGAGAUCUGGUUCCGACGAAGGAACUCGCAGGAUACCUACAUCCUGCAGGCUGAGAAAAAGGAGGUGAAGGAGGGUUGGGCCAAUGACUUGGAACAGAUCCUUUGGGAGCAGGCAGUGCGCAGCAGGGAGCUUAGGAUACAGGAGAGGGUCUUCAUGGGAAUGGGGAGCAAACCUUUCAUGGAUAUCCAGCCCAGUGAUGAAGCGAUCUGUGACAGGGCAAUCAAGUGUGUCCCGACUGGAAGAGACUCUAAGAUGUUACCCCAAGGACGUGUUCUGUUAUCCCAUGCUAAUUCUACAGGUUCUGGGAGCACUUGUUCAACAACUGGAAGCACCUCAUCCUCAUCCUCUGGCCGGGGUUCUCUAUCUCCUGCCAGCUACCUCUGUGGCCAUUCCCAGAGAAGAGAGUCAAGCCAAGAGAUUUCUGAAGGAGUUAUGGAGGAGGAUGACCUAGACAAUGAGAGCAUACACCUCCUGGGGAACAGUUCUGAGUCCUCUGGUGGAAGCACCAGUGGUUUCAGUGGGUCUGACCACAGCUGCCAAUCUGCAAUUGGUGGAGACACACAGAACACAUCCUCAUCCUCAUUUUCCGUAUGCUCCAAGGUGGGGGGACCACAUGGAAUACCCCCCCUUUUCCGUGACCAGGGUUUUCCUGUGGAUUCCAGAAAGCACCCCCCCACUGUGUCAAAACCACUAGCCCUGCCAUCUCAGCAAGUACCUGGAAAGGUUAAAGCAGUGGCUGUUUGCAGAAAGUCCACAGAAGUUUAAGUUAACUAUAUGUGAUUUGUUAAUUCUCUGAAAUGAUUUUGGCGUUUGAGUGCCCUCUGAAUUUGGCACUCUCUAAAUUUCACUAAUAAGUGGUUGUCCUGGCUGGGGGAUUUUUAUCUUCCAGACUUUAUGAAAGAGAUGUAAUACAGAAAAAUAGCUUAAAAAGAACAUUGAAAAGGAAUUAUUUUAAGCAAAGCACCUUAAAAUAAAAUUUACCUCCAAAGGAGGUUGUAAAAUUUUUGUGUAGUUCACAUUUAGCACAAUUUUUAUAACUAGCACUGCAACCAGUCAGUAAACUUUGAAUGGUUCAGUGCCUCAUAUCAGGUUACAUACCACAAAUGGUUUAACUGUAUUCCACUGAGGCUAUGGACUGGAUGCCCAACUGCAACACAAAAUUGUAUUAAAGUCAUGCAGCGUUGUAACCCAGUGUACAUUUAGCACUAUCCCCUAAAUACAGUAGGGGCCUGCUUCUGAUACAAUUAUAUCCAAACAUGACAGUAUACCUUUAAAAGUAUUACACUACAAGUAUUUACUUUUAUUUUUCAUCAUGUCUGAGUUCAGUAAUGCAGUACAUAGGAAGUUUUCUUAUUUUAUAACCUUCUGGCAAAUCAGGCAUUCCUAAGCAUUGUUUGACGUGUUUUUAUACAAUGACAACAUAUAUUCAUGGACCACAGAGACAAACAUAUGGUGUUUAAUUUUGGACAAAAUCUUGCUGUGUUGGUAAUGAGUUGGAAACACAAAUAAAGUCAACUGUGUUCAA